AUGCAAGUGGAGGAGUUCAACUCGUACUCGAAGGAGAGACAGGCGGCUCUCAUCUGGCAGCAUUUGUUCGUGGACCGCUCGCCAGUGUCUGAGGCCUGUCGUGGUGUGCUGACGACGCUGCAUUUGCUGGGUCUGGACCAUCUCGUGGCCAAGCGCGACCUCGCUGCGAUUCAGGAAUGGUUCAAGCAACAGGACGCCGACGAGUACGUGGACACGGUCUUCCGUCUCUCUGGGCUCAAGUACGCGGUGAUGACCAACAUUCCGUUCGAACCCGAAGAGGCUCGUCACUGGCUGGGAGACCCAUCCACAAACACGCCUCCGCCUGCCUGGUCUCGCAAGUACUUCCGCUCGGCGUUGCGUGUGGACCAGGUCCUUCUGGGCGACUGGGCGUCUAUCGGCCCCACCCUGGACGUGUUCAAGCUGCCACACACUCUGGCGGGUGUUCGCACUUUACUGGAGAAAUGGAUCGACAUCAUGAAGCCCGAGUACUUCAUGUCGAGUGUACCCAUUUUCUUCGAGUAUCCGGAUGAGAAUGCACCCAAAUCUGCCGCUGACGCUCUGCCGAAUGGUGCCGAGUUGUUGCUGCAGGUUUUGUUGCCUUUGGCCGAGGAGAAAAAGUUGCCGAUCGCACUCAAGUUCGACAGUGUGCGUCCAAUCAACGCUCGCUACGGUGUGGCCGGAGACGGCGUGAAGCCCAGCAACGUGGACAUCCUGAUCAAACUGUGCAACAACUUCCCGCGCGUCAAGUUCCUGGCCACGUUCCUGUCGCGUGUGAACCAGCACGAGGUGACGGUGACGGCCAACAAGUUCCGCAACUUGCAUCUGUACGGCUGCUGGUGGUACUGCAACAACCCGUCGAUCAUCGAGGAGCUGACGCGCAUGCGCAUCGAGAUCCUGGGCACGGCGUUCACGAGUCAGCACUCGGACGCGCGUGUGCUGGACCAGCUCAUCUACAAGUGGAGCCACUCGCGCGACGUGAUCGGCGAGGUGUUGGUGGACAUGUACGAGAAGUUGUUCGCGACGGGCUGGAAGGUGUCCAAGGGCGACAUCGAGCGCGACGUGCAGCGUCUGUUCGGUCAGAGCUACGAAGACUUCAUGGACAAGAAGAUGUAA